AAAGCCCCUCGCAGCAACUACAUCACCGCUCCCUCAUCAUUCUACAUAAACUCGGCCACCUGUCAACCACAACUCCACAUUCCUCCACCCCAACAUCACAUCAUUCAACACACAUCAUCCGCAACCAUGACUACCGUCCACGUCGAGAACAUCUCUCAGCAGACCUCCGAGAAGGAGAUCCGCGACUUCUUCAGCUUCUGCGGCAAGAUCCAGAACCUCUCGGUGACGCCCACCAACGAGAACUCGCAGUCGGCGACGGUGACGUUCGAAAAGGAGACGGCGGCCAAGACAGCCCUGCUGCUGGACAACACGCAGCUGGGCCCGGCGCAGGUCCACGUCACGUCGGCGAAGAGCAUCGAGGAGAUUGCGGGCGACAAGGCGACGGACGAGGCCAAGGUCGAGAAGGAGAACAUUGACCAGGAGGACAAGCCGCGCGGCCGCAUCAUCGCCGAGUACCUCGCGCACGGCUACGUCAUCAGCGACAAGGCCAUCACGCAGGCGCUAGCACUCGACCAGCAGCACGGCGUGUCGUCGCGCUUCACGUCAACGCUCAAGUCGUUCGACCAGAAGUACAAGGCGACGGAGAAGGCGCAGGCCGUCGACUCCAAGUACGCCGUGACGGAGAAGGCGAUGCAGGGCUGGCGCGGCCUGAACUCGUACUUUGAGAAGGCGCUCGGCACCCCCACAGGCCAGAAGCUCCGCCAGUUCUACGAGCAGGGCAACAAGCAGGUCGUCGAUGUCCAUAACGAGGCCCGCUACCUCGCCGACCUCAAGAAGCAGCAGCAGCAGGAGAAGGCCGGCGUCCACCAGGAGCCCGGCUCUGACCGCACUACCUGCAACUGCGGCUCCAGCACCGAGAAGUGCCCCUGCCCUCCCGGCAAGUGCGGCUGCACCAGCUGCGCCAAGAACCCUGGUGAGCAGCAGCAGGCGUCCACCGGCGCCCCUAUCGACGCCAGCUCGGCUGCCCACUCCUCCUCCACCACCCAGCCCUCCGCUGCCUCCUAAACGGGGCAGUUUACUACACAGUUGAUUGAGAUACCAGAGGGUUGAGGAGUUGCGGUUGGGACGCAAAAAGAGGCGAGAUUAGAUUGAUGACGACGAGUCAAGUGAAGUGAGUGAGUGAGUGAGGGCUUUCACCUCUUGCUGCACCGAGCGAUGAUGGAUACCAGCAGAUUGCGUCUUUGGGUCUUUCUGCCUUUUUUCUUUCUUUCUCUGUUCUGUAGCGAUGACGAAAUGCAAGCUGGCGGUCCCACC